AUGGAUUUUCAGGAAGACGUAGAUUUUUGGGAAGACGUGGAUUUCCGGGAAGAUGUGGAUUUUUGGGAAGACGUGGAUUUCCGGGAAGAUUUGGAUUUUGGGAAGAUGUGGAUUUUUUGGGAAGACGUGGAUUUCUGGGAAGACUUGGAUUUUUGGGAAGACUUGGAUUUUCGGGAAGACAUGGAUUUUCAGGAAGACAUGGAUUUUCGGGAAGACGAGGAUUUCCGGGAAGACCUGGAUUUCCGGGAAGACCUGGAUUUUCGGGAAGACCUGGAUUUCCGGGAAGACGUGGAUUUUUGGGAAGACAUGGAUUUUGGGGAAGACGUGGAUUUUCGGGAAGACGUGGAUUUCCGGGGGAAGACAUGGAUUUUUUGGGAAGACGUGGAUUUCCGGGAAGACCUGGAUUUCCGGGAAGACGUGGAUUUUUGGGAAGACGUGGAUUUUCGGGAAGACGUGGAUUCUCGGGAAGACGUGGAUUUCCGGGAAGACGAGGAUUUCCGGGAAGACCUGGAUUUCCGGGAAGACGUGGAUUUUUGGGAAGACGUGGAUUUUCGGGAAGACGUGGAUUCUCGGGAAGACGUGGAUUUCCGGGAAGACGAGGAUUUCCGGGAAGACCUGGAUUUCCGGGAAGACGUGGAUUUUUGGGAAGACGUGGAUUUUCGGGAAGACGUGGAUUCUCGGGAAGACGUGGAUUUCCGGGAAGACGAGGAUUUCCGGGAAGACCUGGAUUUCCGGGAAGACGUGGAUUUUUGGGAAGACGUGGAUUUUCGGGAAGACGUGGAUUCUCGGGAAGACGUGGAUUUCCGGGAAGACGAGGAUUUCCGGGAAGACCUGGAUUUCCGGGAAGACGUGGAUUUUUGGGAAGACGUGGAUUUUCGGGAAGACGUGGAUUCUCGGGAAGACGUGGAUUUCCGGGAAGACCUGGAUUUCUGGGAAGACGUGGAUUUCCGGGAAGACGAGGAUUUCCGGGAAGACCUGGAUUUCUUGGAAGACCUGGAUUUCCGGGAAGACCUGGAUUUCCGGGAAGACCUGGAUUUCCGGGAAGACCUGGAUUUCCGGGAAGACCUGGAUUUCCGGGAAGACCUGGAUUUCCGGGAAGACCUGGAUUUCCGGGAAGACCUGGAUUUCCGGGAAGACCUGGAUUUCCGGGAAGACCUGGAUUUCCGGGAAGACCUGGAUUUCCGGGAAGACCUGGAUUUCCGGGAAGACCUGGAUUUCCGGGAAGACGUGGAUUUUUGUGUAGACGUGGAUUUCUGGGAAGACGUGGAUUUCUGGGAAGACGUGGAUUUCUGGGAAGACGUGGAUUUCCGGGAAGACGUGGAUUUCCGGGAAGACGUGGAUUUUCGGGAAGACCUGGAUUUUUGGGAAGACGUGGAUUUUCGGGAAGACCUGGAUUUCUGGGAAGACCUGGAUUUCCGGGAAGACCUGGAUUUUUGGGAAGACGUGGAUUUUGGGGAAGACGUGGAUUUUGGGGAAGACAUGGAUUAUCUGGAAGACUUGGACUUCCUGGAAGAUGGAUUUGAUGGAAGACAUGGAUUUUCUGGAAGAUGUGGAUGGAUGGAAGACCAGAAGAUAAAUGGAAGACAUAGAUAUUGGGAAGACAUAGAUUUUCAGGAAGACCCAAAUUAUCUGGAAGAUCAGAAUUGUUUGGAAGACUUGAGAAUCUUCUGGAAGACAUCAAUCUUCAGGAAGAUAUACAUCUUCAGGAAGACCUUUGCUGGAAGACAUAGAUCUAUUGGAAGACCUAGAUUUAGUGGAAGACUUCAGAUUCUGGAAGACUUGAAUUGA